UUUUUUUUAUGAAUGAAAGAAUCCAAUCUCCGAGAGCAGCGAAGUCAUUCCGGGAAAAGGCGCACUGACAUUUUGUCGCCACGGUUCACGACAGCGCGUUCAUCGCCACAUUUUAGAAGAUAUCUGACACCGGAAAGGUGUAUAUGAUUCGAUAACUGAACACUGGAGGAAUAUUAUUCACCAAAUAACCCAAGGACAAUGCAUGACUGGCGGUCUUGUGAGCGGACGAGUGUCUGCAUCUGUAUUGACUGGUGCUUGGGGGGGAAACCCGAGGAGAGUGGCAUCAUGACGACAGAGAGAAGCAGCAAAGCCCUGAAGGUGAAGCAGGAAUGUGGUGAGAAUGUGCCCUUCCUGUCAGACAGCGAGCUCAUGUCACUCUCGGUGCGGGAGCUCAACCUCCACCUGCGGGGCAUGUCCCGCGAGGAGAUCCAGAAGCUGAAGCAGCGCCGGCGCACUCUGAAGAACCGGGGCUAUGCGGCCAGCUGCCGGGUGAAGCGAGUUUCCCAGCGCGAGGCCCUGGAGCAGCAGAAGAUGGAGCUCCAGAGAGAGGUGGAACGACUGGGGGCAGAGAACGCUGGCAUGAGGAAGGAGCUGGAGGGGCUGGGCGCGCGCUUAGCAGCGCUGCAGAGGUUCGCCAGGGGCCUGGAGGCCGGUGGCGGCAACCUGCUGGCCACAGCACCGCGCCUCAACACUGCCUCUGUCAUCACCAUUGUGAAGAGUCCACCACAACCUCAACCACAGAGGGAACAGGACCCUUCCUAGGUUCUGUAAACAGACUGGUGGGGUGGGGGUUUUUGUCAGUAAAAACACAUAUACACGCACUUCAUGCGCUCUCACACACACAAUGGAAAAACAGGAACAACAUUGGAAAAUACUAAACUUCAGUGCUACGCCUUGUUCGCCCACACAUAGGAGUCAUUAGUUCCUUUUGAGCGCAUAUGUGACAUCACUGUGGACCAGCCAAACUUCUUCCCAAAGUCCUCAGUCGUGCUCGUGUCAUUGCUUGCUACUUAAUAUUGUGCAACAUUCACUUGUUUAGUUCAUGUUUAGAAUGAAGUCACUUGAGCAAGGCACUGAGCACCGAUGUACAGUCCUGUGGAAAAAGUCUUACUAGACCACCGCUAGCUCUGUUGUUUUCAUGACCUUUUCACUUUGACAGUAAAAAAGGAGGGUGGCUAAAGUUACGCAAUAUACGCACAUAAUAAAUACGCAAAUACAUUUCUUUGAAUGUACUCCUUUGGAAUAGUAAUGGGUCAUCAUCCCUCCAUGAACUAGGAAGCAGCCAGCCAACUAACCAACAAAACGUUUGUCAAUACUUCUGCACUCUAAUGUAUAUGGUCAUUAAAACAACAAAUCUAAUGGUUGUUUGCAUAGCAUUGUACAUUUGUUAACCCAUCACGACACACAUCCACAACCCACACAGGCUUAAAUUGUAACUGAAGCGACCAUACACCCUCAUAGCGCAAGUAAUACACCUGUGUCACUGGUGCUUGUUAUGCGGCCAAAAGGGCAGAGCUCCGUCCACUUCUGCUUUUGGUAACGCGGCCAAAACUGUGCAGUAUUACAACUUCUGCAUUUCGGGUUACUUUAAUAUCGGCUUAUUCGUAGCCUUUCUCAACCUCAGUGGAAUAACAGGGUCGUGGGAGGCUAAUAUGUCCCAUAAAAGAUCACAGGAUUUGUUUCCUCAGAGCAGAGCAUAUUGAAAAUUGGGGAGGAGGGGUUUCAGGUUACUUUUACAGUAAAGAAAAGCUAUGAAAGUUUGACCCAUCAGUGGAACUCCUGCGGGAGGAUGGGUGAUGUUCAGGGUUUGUACCACUGGUUGCACACCAACACAGUGCCUUCAGUGCUUCUGGGAGGUAUCCAACCAUGCCUGCUGACCGUCCACCGUCACACCUCCUUCUGGUUUGUUCAUCUAAAACAGCACACAUCUUACAUACACCUACAGUUCCUACCGUGCAGUAACUUGUGCUCCACGCAGUGCGGCUUCCUCAUAUCUGCUCGACACCCAACACACACGUUGGUCAUUUUUUGUUGUUGUUAAAAACGCGGCCAAUCCUCCACACACAUUCCUAUCUACGUGUUCUUAUUUGUAAUGUUUGUACGUGCCGUCGAGACGCAAAUGUUGAGUGACAUUUAUCAGAGAUAUAUUCUAUAUUUUAUUUGUAUUUAAAGGUAGAUAUUUUGACAAGCUAACGAGUGCUGUGAUGUUAUCUUAUGUUUUCAGUACUUCCAUAGUCCGGGCAAGGGGGUGGGGGUUUAUCCAUGUGUCUAAUUCUUGUAACGUGUGACAACGAUUCCUACUUCACAAAAUGUUGAAUUAUUAGCUAUGUAGAAAUAUGCUCAAAGCCGACGGCCAUAUUGCUGUGAUGAUUUGUGCACGUGUGUUUUUGCCAUGUUUGUACUGGCUUGCCAUAGUGGAUUCUUGGAGGGACAUUAUUUUUCUAUGAUUGUUUUUUUUUUUUUUUAUUUGUGUGGAAAAAUGAGGAAGGCUGAGGAGAACCUUAAAUGAAAAGGAGAAGAGGAAGAUAAGCGGGUUGCGGAGAUGCAUAUUGAAUGAUGGGGAAAGAAAGUGGAAAAGAAAGAGAAUGAAGGUGUGAAGAGAGCUGCGUAUUCACUUGAAAACCUGCAAUGAGUCGAGACGCGAGUCGUACUUUAGUUAAUGACCAGACAUUGUAACAAUUAGACUGGUGUUGAAAAGAAUUCAAAUAUACGAGGCUCAUAUUUAGCUGUAUGAAUAUGUGUGGUUAAAAAAACAGAUUUCCAAUGUCUCACCUUUGUCAAAUCGUGCUGGACGUUUUGUGAUACAAAACAAAAAUGGUCUUUGUAUUUAUUGUACUUUUUCUAUUGUGAAAAUUGAAGUACAUCAUCUAUUUUAUAUAUUAAUUAUAAUAAAUGUUGUACAUAUUGUACAUAAAAGGUUGUGCUUUUGUGGUUGUCGGAUCCCGGCAAACGGCACAAAAUGUGA